AUGCCUGGUCCACCGUCAGCCCAAAGUCUCCCCUCGCUGCCAAGCGCAACGGAAGCCUCAACCAACUUGUGCAUGUACUAUAUCGAAGAUGGAAUCGCCGGUAAAAAUCAAACCAAAUCCUUGACAACAUGCUGCUCGCCCAAUCCUGUCAAAACGGAAAACCAAAAUGCCAUGUGGUGCGAGAUACCUGAUCGAUUUUUCACAAACCUACCUGAGCCGGGCGUCAUGGAUAAUGAGGCGAGCCGCUGGCUGCACGGUAAUUUCUCGCUCUGCCAGGAAAGAGACAAUCCGGACAUGGGUGUCCAGUCAAGUUACUGUAGUCUGCACACAUACAAUCCCCAUCUUAGUGCGGCUGCCUCAUCUCAAGGUCAGCAGCAGCUUCUUGCUUUAUGUUUGCUUCUUUGGGUUUGGGUGUUUUGUCGCUGA